AUGGGCGGGAGAAAGGGCAAGGCGCCCAGGCGCCCGGAGAGACCCGAGAGGCCAGCCUCGGGGGAGCAGGAGUCCGGGUCGGCCAGCGCGGACGGCGUGCCCAGCGGGGCGCGCCGUCAGGGCCGCGGUAAGGCCCGAGGAUCCAGACCGGUCUUGGAGCCCGCCACGGCGGGAGGCCAGGGGACCCCUGGUGGCCGCAGGAAGCCCACCACCGAGGGGAACCGCGGUUGCAGACAGCCAGGGGCUGGGUCUCCACCAACGGCCCAGAGGAGACAAGGCAGCGAGAGGCGUCACAGACGCAAGCUGAAGGAGAGCCGCGAGUCCGGGGACAGCCAUGGGGGGCGCCUGGAGGAGGACGGUAUCCCCCGAGAAGGUAGAACAGGCGAGCACGGCCACCGCAGGAGGAAAGGAAAAGGGCGCCGACCCUCGGCUCCGCGGGGCCGCCGAAAGCCUCAGAGGCUCGAUGGGCACACGUCCGGCGCGGACGGGGACAGCUCCUGCCGGGACAGCUCCUGCCCGGACAGCGAAGCCCGCGAGGCCCAGGAAAGCAGCGGCCAGAGCGGCGGGGCUCCGGAGCUGCGGCCCAGGUCAGAGCAAACGGACACAGGCUCGGCAGGCACCCCGACCGGGCCGGAGUCGGCCUUGGAGCAGGGCGAGCAUCCAAGCAGCGACGAGCCCCGGAGCCAGGAAGGGUCGCUGGGAACGGGGCCCCAGGGAGAGACUGAGGAUUCCGGGACAGACGCAGACUGGGGUCCGGAGGAGGUCGGGCCUGGACGGGGCCCACCGGCAACCCCAGCAUCAGCGGGCCGGGCCCCGGAGGCCGAACAGGCUGAGCCAGGCAGGAAUGCCCCGUCCUCCAGCCCCCUCGAGGGCAGGCCCGCGGGAGUCUCCCGGAGCUCCCUGGCUUCUCUGGACCCAAGGCCGACCAGCGACACAAGUGAUAAAGUGGCGCAGGCAGAAGCGGAGUCGCGGGACACCGAGCCCAGUGGAGCCCAGGCCUCGACUGCCAGGGCUCCGCGCCGCCGGGUCGGAAAGGUGGUGGGGAAAGUGCACGCGGCGGCCAGCGAGAGCGCCCCAGGGGGCGCAGAGGGAGCCGGGCCCGGGGACCCAGCGCCGCUGGCCGCCCUCGUGACGCUCCACAGGCUCCGCGCGAGGCCCCCACCGGGCCCCGCUGCCCAGGCCGUGGGUCCCCGUACUGCCGGCCUCAAGGAGAGGCUCCUGCGCGUGGCACGGGUCCUGAGCUUCCUGCAAUGGCUCUGGCGUCGGCUCCGGCGGCGCGCGAGCGAGGGGCAGGAGGCGGGUCCGGUGGCGGGGUCGAGGGCGGGCGAGGGGCGGAGUCGCGGGCCGGCGCUAAAGCGACGUCUAGGGCUUCGCCUGGCGGGCGUAGUGGGGCUGCGGGGGCGGCCGAGGGCUCCCCCUGGCGUCAGCCGGCACCCCCCGCAGGCCACCGAGAGCCCACCCUGCCACCAUCCUUCUCAGGAUGAAGACCCCAUUCCGGAUCCCAAGUUCGCGGUCGUAUUCCCAAGGAUCCAUAAGGCGGGGAGAGCAUCGAGCAGCCGGAGCUCAGAGGAAGCGUCGGCCGACGCCCCUGCCGGGGAGGGGCGCAUCUGGCCUUGCGCAGGUACCUCAAGGAACAGUGAGGAGCGCAGGGUGAAUGGAGAAAUGGUGGCCGGUCCCCGUGACGAGCCCAGUGACCAGCCCCCUCUGGACGAGAGUGGCUCCAGCAGCGAAGCAGAGUCCGAGACCUUGGAAGCUGAGGCUCCGGUGCACUGGGCUCAGGGCUCCGACACCCGCGAGGACCCUGGGCUUGGCACAGACGCACUGCUGCCCCAACUCACUUUGGAGAGGAGUCCGGGCCCCUACCUGUCCCAGAGGGAGCGGUGGGAGCCGGAGGAUGAGGUCGAGGAGGCGCUGGAGAGGGAGCUGGAGCUGAGCCUUGGGCCAGGCCUGGAGGCGCCAUCCUUUCUGGGUGCCGAGGGCAGCAGCCCAGGGGCCGCCCUGGAAGACACCGAGGACCUGGCCUGGCUGCAACCGCUGUGCGACAGCUCCGUUCUGCUGUGUCUCAAGAAGAGGUUUCACCUGGGCCGAAUCUAUACAUUUGGGGGGCCCCUUCUGCUCGCUCUGAACCCCCGCUGGCCCCUGCCUCUCUUCACACCUGAGGUCCUGGCCAGCUACCGCCCCGGGAGGGCCCCCAAUACCACCCCACACAUCUUUGCCAUCGUGGCAUCAGCCUAUAGCCUGGCUCAGAGCACCGGGCAGGGCACAUGCACCUUGCCAGCCCCUCCCUCCUGCAGCGGGCGCAGCGGCUCAGGGAAGACAGAAGCUGCCAAACAGAUCGUGCGGUUCCUAGGCAGCCUGGAGCAGAAGCAGACGAGGGACAGAGGAUGUCAGCUGGACGAUGUGCUGCCCUUGCUCGGCAGCUUUGGCCACGCCAAGACGGUCCUCAAUGCCAACGCCAGCCGCUUCGGCCAGGUCUUCCGCCUCUGCCUGCAGCACGGAGUCAUCGUGGGAGCCUCUGUGUCACAUUAUCUGCUUGAGACCUCGAGGGUGGUGUUUCAGGCCCAGGCUGAGCGGAGCUUCCAUGUUUUUUACGAGCUGCUGGCGGGGCUGGACUGCGUGGAACGGGAGCAGCUGUCCCUGCAAGAGUCGGAGAGCUACUACUACCUCAACCAGGGCAGGGCCUGCAGGCUCCAGGGCAAGGAGGACGCCCAGGACUUCGCAGUCCUGGUGAAGGCCCUGCAGGCACUGGGCCUGUGCCCCGAGGAGCUGACCACAGUCUGGGCCGUGCUGGCCACCAUCCUGCACCUGGGCAACAUCUGCUUCUCCUCCUCAGAGCGGGAGUCCCAGGAGGUGGCUGCCGUGUCCAGCUGGGCCGAGAUUCACACGGCAGCCCGGCUGCUGCGGGUGCCGCCCGAGCGCUUGGAGGCGGCCAUCACCAGGAGGGUCACGGAGACUCCCUAUGGCCCGGCCUCCAGGUCCCUGCCCGUGGAGAGCGCCAUUGAUGCCAGGGACGCCCUGGCCAAGGCCCUGUACUCGCGACUCUUCGCCUGGCUGCUGAGGAGGACCGGCUCGCGGCGGGCCCCGCCCGGGGAGGGAGGCGGCAUGGACAGCAUCACUGUCCUGGACGUCUACGGCUUUGAGGCGCUGCGGGUGAACGGCCUGGAGCAACUGUGCAACAACCUUGCCAGCGAGCGCCUGCGGCUCUUCUGCAGCCAGAGGCUGCUGGCCCAGGAGGAGGAGGAGUGCCAGCGAGAGUUGCUGCCCUGGACGCCCAUCCCCCAGCCUCCGAGGGAGUCCUGCCUGGACCUCCUGGUAGACCAGCCCCACAGCCUCCUGAGCAUCCUGGACGCCCAGACAUGGCUGUCCCAGGCGACGGACCACACCUUCCUCCAGAAGUGCCACUAUCACCAUGGCGAUCACCCGUGCUACGCCAAGCCCCAGCUGCCGCUUCCUAUCUUCACCGUGCGACAUUACGCAGGGGCCGUCACCUACCAGGUUCACAAAUUUUUAAACAGAAACCGGGACCGUCUGGACCCUGCUGUGGUGGAGAUGCUCGCCCAGAGCCAGCUCCAGCUGGUGGGCAGCCUGUUCCAGGACGCAGAGCCGCAGGCCGAGGGAGAGCGAGGCAAGCCCACACUGGCCUCUCGGUUCCAGCAGUCCCUGAGGGACCUGAUAGCCGGCUUGGGCAGGAGCCACAUUUACUUCAUCCAGUGCCUCAACCCCAACCCGGGAAAGCUCCCGGGCCUCUUUGAUGUGGGACACGUGAUGGAGCAGCUGCGCCAGGCAGGCGCGCUGGAGGCCAUCUGCACCCGCGGCGCCACCUUCCCCGUGCGCACGCCCUUCCACACCUUCCUGGCCAGGUUCCGGAUCCUGGGGACCGAGGGGCAGGGAGGGUCCUCUGACCGGGAGAGGUGUGGUGCCAUCCUGAGCCAGGUGCUGGGGGCUGAGUCGCCCCUCUGCCACCUUGGAGCCACCCAGAUCCUGCUGCAGGAGCCCGGCUGGCGGCAGCUGGAGCAGCGCCGGGCCCAGCGUCGCUCCCAGGUGCUGCUCACCCUGCACCGCGGCCUCCGGGCCUAUGUCUCCCGCCAGCGCCUCCGCCUCCUGCCACGGCUUCAGGCUCGCGUGCGGGGGCUCCAGGCCAGGAAGCGGUACCUCCGGCGGCGGGCGGCCCUGGGACAGCUGAACACCAUCCUGCUGGCGGCCCGAACCCUGCUCUGGAGACGGCGCAGAGCGCAGCUCGGGCUUUGGCGUGGCUGGCACGGCAGCGGGUCCUCCGAGAACGUGCCAAGCAUGGAGCUGGGGUGCCUGGAGAUCCCAGACGAGCUGGCCGUCAUGCUGAGGACAGCGGAAGGCUGCCAGCACAGUCUGGCCCAGAGCAUCACGGAGGCCAAGCCCCCAGAAGUUCCUGCUCGGCCCAGCCUGACCCUCCCGCCGGACAUCGACCGGUUCCCCUUCUCCAGCUUCGUCUCCACCGGCUUUCAGGAGCCAUCUCUGCCCACCCCUGGGCAGCUGCUGGCCAAGCCCCUGACCCGGCUAGAUGGGGAGAGCCCUCAGCAUGCGCUGGAUAUUAACAAGGUGAUGCUGCGGCUCCUGGGGGACGAGUCCCUGCUGUCCUGGCAGGAAGAGACCAUGGGCACGUACCUGGUGAGGCAGGGGCAGCACCGGCCGCGACUGCGGGACGAGCUCUUCAGCCAGCUCGUGGCCCAGCUCUGGCACAACCCCAGCGAGCAGCAGAGCCAGCGCGGCUGGGCCCUCAUGGCUGUCCUGCUCAGCGCCUUCCCCCCGACGCCCGCCCUGCAGAAGCCGCUGCUCAAAUUUGUGUCCGACCAGGCCCCCAGCGGUAUGGCAGCGCUGUGCCAGCACAAGCUGCUGGGGGCCCUCGAGCAGACGCGGCUGGCCCCCGGGACCACACGGGCCCACCCCCCGACCCAGCUCGAGCGCACGGCCAGCCGGCGGCGGGGCCGCAUGGUGCUGGACGUCUUCACUUUCAGUGAGGAGUGCUUCUCCGCAGAGGUGGAGUCCUGGACUACGGCGGAGCAACUGGCUGGGUGGAUUCUGCAGAGCAGAGGCCUGGAGGGCAGCCCCCGUGGCUGGUCCGUGUCCCUGCAUUCCGGGGACUCCUGGCAGGACCUGGUUGGCUGUGACUUCGUGUUGGACCUGAUCGGCCAGACAGAGGACAUGGGGGAUCCUACGGGUCCCUGCAGCUACCCCAUCACCCCCCAAAGCUUCGCCGCGGACAUCCCUCCGGCCCCUGGCGUCCAGGCCCCCGCGCUGUGCCCAGGGCCUCCUCCAGGCCCAGCCCCAACACUACCCGGCAGGGGCCACUCUGGGGAGUCCCAGACCUCAGAGAGCGUGGAUCGCUACCUGGACCACGUCUUCGAGCCAGUCCUCUCCCCUAGCCUCAGCGACCUGGAGCAAGCCAGGGCUCUGAGCAGCCGCAUGAAGGGAGGGGGCGCCAUGGGGCCCAUGCAUCAGGGGAGCUACCCUAUGGCGUACCCAGGGCUGAUGCAGGCGCCCGGAUACCAGCCAGCGAUGAUGCCCGCGCCCAUGCCCAUGAUGCCAGCAAUGGGCGCAGUCCCUGCCAUGCCAGCCAUGGUGGUGCCGCCACAGCCGGUGCCGCCACAGCCGCAGCCGCUGCUUCCCAGCGUGGACGUGAGGCAGCUGGCGACUCAGCAGCAGAACUUCAUCAACCAACAGGCGCUGAUCCUGGCCCAGCAGAUGACUGCCCAGGCCAUGGCCCUGUCCCUGGAGCAGCAGACGCAGCAGCGCCAGCACCAGGCCCGGGCAGCGCCAGCCACUGCCCCCAAGCCCAAGAAGCCCCCAGCCCCCAAGGGGGAGCCCGAGCCGGAGCCCGAGCCGGAGCCCGAGCCGGAGCCGGUGGGUGCCUGCCCGAGGCACACCUCAGAGGAGACCGCACAGGAUACGGACAGGCCCAGGAGCUUCCAGCAGAAAAGGAACUACUUCCAGAAGAUGGGGCAGCAGCAGAUCAAGGUGAAGACGGUGAAGCCUCCGGCCAAGGUGCAGGUCCCCCAAGGGGAGGAGCAGGAAGAGGAGGAGCCCAGCGCAGGUGGCAGGGAGAUGGGGGAGGGCCUGGCUCUUGGGUGACGCACAGGGUCUCACAUGUUUCCACUUCUCUCGUCAGCGCCGUCCCCCGUGGUGAAGAAGCCACCAGCACGAGGUGGGGCCAAAACUGCGCCGAAGGCUGAACCCGCACCGGCCAAGGGGGCGGAGCCUGGAGGCGGCCCCCAGCAGGCGGGGGGCAGAGCUGUGGCGCAGAGCUCAGACCGCUCGCCCCUGCCCAGCAGGGAGAUUGGUAACAUCAUCCGCAUGUACCAAAGCCGCCCAGGCCCCGUGCCUGUGCCCGUGCAGCCAGCCAGGAAGCCUCUCCCAAUUUUCCCGAAGAAAAACAACCCUAAGGACGAGGCCCUGGCUAAGCUGGGGAUCACUGGCGCCCACGCACCCUCCUCGAUGCCGACCCCCAGCCCAGGGAAGGGCCCCCCACCCGCUGUGGCCCCUCGACCCAAGACCCCCACACGGCUCAGGGCCUCCAACUCCAUCAGGGAGAAGCAGGGGCCCCUUCAGGAGCUGUUUGGCCAGAACCCACCCACUGCCCAGGCACCCCCACUUCCACCAGCGCCCCCCCCGCCGCCACCUGAGGACUCAGAACUUUCUUCAGCUAAGCCCCGCGGCCCGCCGGAGCCCUUGGGGGACACGGGUGUCAGCACCCAGCUGCUUGUGCCCUCCGGCAGCGUGUGCUUCUCCUACGCCAGCGCGCCCUGGAGGCUGUUCCUACGCAAGGAGGUGUUCUACCCCCGGGAGAGCUUCAGCCAUCCCUACAGCCUCAGGCUCCUCUGUGAGCAGAUCCUAAGGGACACCUUUUCCGAGUCCUGCGCCCGGAUCUCCCAGGACGAGCGGCGCAAAAUGAAAGACCUGCUGGGAGACCUGGAGGUGGGCCUAGACUCAAUCCUCACCGCGGAAGACAGUGUCAAGAAGCGCAUUGUGGUGGCCGCUAGGGACAACUGGGCGAAUUACUUCUCGCGCAUUUUCCCCGUCUCGGGUGACAGCGGCAGCAACGUACAGCUGCUGGGCGUGUCCCAUCGGGGGCUGAGACUGCUCAAGGUGACCCAAGGCCCCAGCCGCUACUCCCACCAGCUGAAGACUCUCUGCUCCUACAGCUUUGUUGAGGUGCUGGGCGUGGAGUGCCGGGGUGGCUCCACCCUGGAGCUGACGCUGAAGAGGGAGCAGCUGGUGCUGCACACGGCCCGGGCCAGCACCAUCAAGGCCAUGAUCGACCUCUUCCUCAGGGAGCUCAAGAAGGACUCCGGCUAUGUCAUCGCCUUGCGAAGCUACAUCACCGAUGACCGCAGCCUCCUCAGCUUCCACCGUGGGGACCUCAUCAAGCUGUUGCCAGUGGCCAACGUGGAGCUGGGCUGGCAGUUUGGAUCGACCGGGGGCCGCUCGGGACUCUUUCCUGCCGACCUCGUGCAGCCGGCUCCUGCCCCAGGCCUCUCCUCGCAGGAGCAAAGGACUGACCAGCCCAAGAGUCAGCCUCCAAGCAGAGAGCCGGGCCAGGAUCGGUGGGAGAGGGCGUUGGAGGGCCGUGCUCGCCCCCGGAGCUGGGUGCGCAGUGACAACUCCGAGGCCGUCAGCCUGCCUGCCUCCCUGUCCAUGGACUCCCACAACUACACCAUGCAGGAAUUUGCCCUUAAUUACUUCCGGAAGCCCCAGGCCUUGCUGGACCAGACAGGCAGAGGUGCUGAGGGGAGAGCCGUGGCCAGCCUGGUGCAGUACACCAAGGACCCCAUCCAGGAAUCGCUCAUCAGCCUCAGCGACGAGGACAUGAGCAGGAAGGCUGUGGAAAGCUUCCAGGUUCUGAUGCAGUUUAUGGGGGACCAGCCUAAGCCCCGGGGCAAGACCGAGGUGGAGCUCCUCUUUGAGCUGCUGAAGAUGUGCCAGGAGAAGAACCUCAGGGAUGAGAUCUACUGCCAGGUCAUCAAGCAGGUCACAGGACACCCCCAGCCGGAGCUCCGUGCUCGCGGCUGGAGCUUCCUCGACCUCCUCACUGGCUUCUUCCCACCGUCAACCACACUGAUGCCCUAUGUGACCAAGUUCCUGCAGGAUUCAGGCCAGACUCAAGAGCUGGCCUGGAGCUGCCAGGAGAACCUCGAGCAGACAGUCAAAUAUGGCGGGCGCCAGCAGCUGCCGUACCCUGGCGAAAUGCAGGCUAUCCUGAAAGGGAAAACGGCACGCCUGCUUCUUGUUCACCUGCCCGGGGGUGUGAGUUACAAGACCAACAUCAAGACUUUCACCGUGGCAGCCGAGGUGCUGCAGGAGAUGUGCGGACAGAUGGGCAUCACGGACCCUGAGGAGGUGCAGGAAUUUGCCCUCUUCCUCAUCAAAGGGGAAGGCACGCUGGUGCGGCCCCUGCGGCCUCGCGAGUAUCUCAACAACGUGGCGGGGAGUCGGGACGCGAGCCUGCACAGCCGGCGGCUCGGCUGGGAGACGCCCCUGCACUUCGAUAACCCCACCUACAUCAGCACCCACUACAGCCAGCUGCAGCGGGACUACCUGCAGGGGAAGCUGCUGGUCAGCGCUCAAGCCGAAGCCCAGGUUGCCAGGCUGGCCGCUCUACAGCACCUCAGCAGGGCCCUCAAGGUGCCCCUGUCUCAGCAAGAUCUGCUGGCUUACUUGCCGCAGCCGCUGCAAUGUCAGGCGAACAUGGCCGCCACGAAGAGCCUGGUGGAGCAGGAGCUGUGGCAGCUGCAAGGAUGCAGCGCCCAUGAAGCACAGAUCAGCUUCAUCGAGGGUGUGAGCCAGCUGCCCCUCUUCGGCUACACUGUCUACGUGGUGCUGCGAGUGAGCAAGCUGGCCCUGCCGGGGCCCAGCCUUCUGGGGCUGAACCGCCAGCACCUCAUCCUCAUGGACCCCAGCUCCCAGACCCAGCACUGCUCCAUCGCCCUGAGGGACCUGCGUCAGCUCCGCCUGCUGAGCCCCCUGGAUGAAGAGGGGCCCCCGGGCCUGGAGCUCAACUACGGCUCCCCUGACAGCCCCCAGACCAUCUGGUUUGAGCUGCCGCAGGCGCAGGAGCUGAAGCACACCAUCACCUUCCUGCUGGACGGCAGCGGCCCCAAGGCCCUUUAG